AAGCCGCCGGCCGGCCCGCCGUCAGAUCGGCAAUUCCUGCCUCGCCAUCGUCUUCCUCCCGCCUUCCUUUUCCACGCCACUCGUGAUGCAUGCUCCUUCUCGGUCUACUACAUGUCGUCGCACCAGUUGACGGCUGCUCUUUCUUCUUCUUUCUUUCUUUCCCUGCUGUUGCGCUCUCCACAUACCAAACCGUCCUUUAUUUUUCGAUUUGAGGCGGAUGGAUUGGGAUUGGCGACACAUUACAUAUUCCAUUCCACUGCACGUACCGCCCACUGCAUUUUCUUUCUUUUCUGCAAACGUUUAAAAAACAUGGUAGUACUGGUAAUAGGAGUAUGACCAGGGGGGACGAAUCUGUACGGGAUCGCGGCGAGAUUCACCCGGCGCCACCCUCGCCUCCCUGUAACGUCGUUAUACAAGUGUACUUAUCUCGGGGGACCUCGGGGGACCCUAUAAGGGACGGAGGCGGCUCCGGCAGCUCCAAGCGCCAGCGAACCAACCACGAGGACACGGCAAGAUGCAGCGCGCCGCGGCCUCCCUCGCCUCCUCCCGCUCUGCCGCGGCCUGGGCGUGCUCCACCACCUCGCGCCAUGCCGCCGCCGGCGCCUCCUGUUCCCCUCGCCGCGACGCCCUCGUGCCUCUCAGAAUUCGCGGCCUGGAGCAGCGGCCCGCCGCCCUCCCCAUGUCCCUGUCGCUGCUCUCCGGCAGUCGGCCCGCGCGGACGGAAAAAGCGGCGGCCGCGGCGGCGGAGCUGGCCCCGGCGGACGAGGUGGCCGCGGGCGGCGGCAUUGCCGGGACGGUGCAGCUCGGCGCCAUGAUCGUCGCCUGGUACCUCCUCAACAUCUACUUCAACAUCUACAACAAGCAGGUCCUCCAGGUGCUGCCAUUGCCGCUCCCCUACACCAUCACCGCCUUCCAGCUCGCCUUCGGCUCGCUCGUCAUCUUCUUCAUGUGGGCCGCCAAGCUCCACCCCGUGCCCAAGCUCUCCGCCGCACAGCUGGCCAAGAUCGCGCCGCUGGCCGCCGGGCACAUGCUGGGCACGGUGUUCACCAACAUGAGCCUGGGCAUGGUGGCCGUCUCCUUCACGCACACCGUUAAGGCCUCGGAGCCCUUCUUCACCGUCCUGCUCUCCGCCUUCUUCCUCGGCGAGGUGCCGUCGCCGCUGGUGCUGGGCUCGCUGGUGCCCAUCGUCGGCGGCGUCGCCCUGGCAUCGUUGACCGAGGUCUCCUUCAACUGGGUCGGAUUCUGGAGCGCCAUGGCGUCGAAUCUGCUCAACCAGACCAGGAAUGUGCUCAGCAAGCGGCUCCUCGGCGGCGAAGAGGAGGAGUUCAUGGACGACAUAAACCUCUUCUCGGUGAUCACUGUGCUGUCCUUCCUGCUGUCCUUGCCCCUGAUGAUCUUUGCAGAAGGUGUCAGCUUCUCCCCGGCGUUCCUCCAGAGCACCGGCCUGAACCUGCAGGAGCUGUGCGUGAGGGCAGCCCUGGCCGGGCUCUGCUUCCAUGGCUACCAGAAGCUGUCGUACAUGAUCCUGGCGCGGGUGUCGCCCGUGACCCACUCCGUGGCCAACUGCGUCAAGCGUGUGGUGGUCAUCGUCUCCUCCGUCCUCUUCUUCCGGACGCCCAUCUCGCCUGUCAAUGCACUGGGGACUGGAGCGGCACUGGCAGGAGUUUACCUGUACUCCAGACUCAAGAAAGCAAAGCCAAAGAGUUCAUGAAGAUGUUUUUUCUUUCCUGUUUUGGGUACAGGUUUUUGAGAUAGAGGAUUAGGUCGAUAUAGUAUCCACGAGAAAAUGUAUUGAGAUAGUAGGUUGUACAGAACUUGCCACGGCCAGUAGUACACUUGUACUACAGGCUACAGCAGCUUCUUUCAAUAGUAGCAGGACCAAACUUCUGGUCUUGAAGAUUUGUAACAUCCUCCCUGAAUAAUCACAAAUCUCCUGACAAAUGCAAUAUGCUCAGAUGCCAUGAGAA